AUGUCGCGCCAACUGGAGCAACUUACCCAGCGCGUUGAAGCGCUUGAAGCUGCCCUUGGCUUCCAGAACACCGAACCCGCACCCGGCGUCCAGUGGGUCCCUGAUGCUGAUGGGAACCUAGCCACUCUGCCGGCUCCCUUAGGCCCUACCUCUUCUGGGGGAGGGGAGGACUUAGGAAUAGAAAUAGCGAACGAACACGAUGUUGCACGUCCAUGGGCACAUGUCGGAGAUCCACGCUGUCACCUCACUCGUGAGGAAAUUGGCAAGAUCAUGAAAGGGUGUAUCGUGCCGCCGACCGGAACCAUAUUCUACGAUCAGCUGACCGAGAGUGCAAAAUGCAAAUACACGUGGUUCCACGUGUUCCUCGCCAAGCAUUAUGUAAGCCUGAUCAAAGGGCUAGGCAUGCACACCACAAAGAACCAGAAGGCUUUUGCCAACGGUUGGAAGGACCCCGAUUGGUUCCAGCAGGCUGUCUUCAUUGACAAAAGGAAGCGUGCUCAGCUGCGUGAGAAGUCUGAGAAGGCCAAACGGCCGACUGACCCACCACUCUCCAACGCAGACACCUGGGCCCAGUUCCUAAGGCAGAACGCAUAUCGACACCCACAUGGGAUCAAAUUCGAAGGGGAUACCCCAAACGAACUGCAGUUGCGCAGAUGGCUCAUCCUGUGCCAAAUUGGCCCUGCCUGA